AACGCCUUCUUCUCGUGAUUAUCUGUGUUACAUGCGUCUCCACCCAUGCACAGCUCAACUGCCCUCCAAAUUCGAAACCAUCACACUGUCAGCUGCUUACGUUCAGCCUGCGAUGUCCCAACCCGGCGCACCUCCACCGACAUUUGCGUCUGGACGCUACUCGAAGCGCAAGCGAACCCAGGUCAACUACCGCAUAGAAAAGCUGGGUGUUGACAAGACCGAUGCCGAGUCGGAGGAAGAGGUCGUGAGGGCAAAGAAGCCACGCAAGCCUGCAGCAUCGAGACCGCUUCCUAAACGCAAUUUCUUUCCCUUCCUCCAGCUGCCAGCAGAGAUACGCAACAUGAUCUACUCUUACGCGCCCAUGGAUCCAUCGGACAUCAAGUUCGUCGCAGUCCAACGCAGCAAGCGCCGUUGUGCAGAGAGCGUCUCGACUAAGUCCCUUAGACAGGCUACUGGUAGCAGGUUAUACUAUCAGUCGCACAGGAUCAACAACAACGCUAAAGAACAGGCCACAGAGCUAGUUCUCUCCCUUUUUGCUGUGAAUAAGCAAGUUUAUCAUGAAGGGUGCGAUAUCUUGUACAGCAACGAACUUAUCUUUGCAGAUCCAAUUGCUCUCUACUCUUGUAUGAUUAACCUUGACCCUAGCAUCAGCGCUUCACGCCUUAAGAUUAUGCGCCUUAAAGGAUGGGGCUAUGGUAGCACAUUGAGAGCAUACAAUAACGCCUGCUUCGCCGUCCUGAUCUGGGCCAACAACCUGAAGAAGUUCUACAUCGACUGCAGCGUUGGCCAGUGCCGCGAAUCCGAGAACGCUGCCCAGCAGACCUGCCGCGACGCAUUCCCUUGGCUCGAAGCUGUUGGUCGCAAAAAGGCGAGGUUCGAUGCCGCUCUCGACGUGCUGGAAGUAUCUAGUGAGAGCUUGGCACGAAAUCACUGGAGCAACCCGCAGGAUCGCUCGGGUGCACAGAGGCGCAUGGCGUUCAACAAAGAGCUGGGCAGGACCCUCGAGCUACAACAGAAGCGUGUCGUGGUCAACAAAUCCGUAAAGAAGAGGAAGGUCGCGAAGGUCAGCGGCAUCACUUAGCGUCAAGGGCACCGACUAAGUAUUCGCUAGGAUUGUCGUUCGGUUUAUCAGGGCGCACCACUCUAUCUGCUACCUACACCAACAUUAUAGGGUUCUGCUACUGGCGCGCCAAUAUGGAGUUCGCCAAUGCCAGCACUAAGAUCAUGGCUGGCCUGCUUAUCAGUACAUCUUUCAUUUCUGUCGCUACAUGAGGGUACUGGCAAAUUUCGGCCGUGUAGUAAUCAGUUCGGGAAUACUAUUUUGUCGCGCGCUGCCGCGCGCUCGGCCUCGUGAGGCUCAAGCCUCUCAUGAGCCACGAGCUCCCAUCUUCGUAUUGGCUGGGCCACGUGAUCGCUCAUCUCUCCUCUGUAUAGAUACACGUGUCAUCUUCUCGAUUGCAAGGACAGUGGUCUCACACAAUAGAUCACCGGAAUACUUGCUCUCCA